AUGAAGAUCAACGCCAAUUUCCGUCUGUUUGCCGCCACCAAUUUCGAUGCUACCAAGUAUAUUGCGUCCCCUGCAUAUGGUGUCAACCGCUUCAUGUUGGAUCGCGUGGGCGAAGAAAAGGCCCGGGCUACCACCAUUGUCGAGUAUUCACCCAAUAGCAAGUUUCCGAAGCACACUCACAUUGGAGGGGAAGAAUUUCUCGUCCUCAAGGGAACCUUCAAAGACCAACAUGGAUCUUUUCCCGCUGGGACGUAUGUGCGCAAUCCCAUUGGUUCGGAACAUGCACCCUGGGUCGACGGCGAUGGAUGUACCAUUAUGGUCAAGUUAUUGCAGAUGUCCGAUGAAGACCACCUGAAGCAACCCCUGUAUAUUGACUUGGAGAAACAAAGGACAGCCUCGGGUAAGCCAGUGGAUUAUGGAACAGUACUGGAUCUGUACGACAAUACAAGUACGGGCGAACAUGUUGAAAUGUGCUGGGUAUCCGCGGGCAAGACGCUUCCACCACCAUCUACAACGGGUGGAGAAGAGUUGUUUAUCAUGGAAGGAUCCUUGCACUGCAAGGACGAGGAAUAUGUCCAAUGGGGAUGGCUGCGAUUUCCUCCCAACGACAGCAGCCAGCGUCACGAGGUGAAGGCAGGGCCCAGCGGCGCUCAAGUAUACCGCAAGUGUGGUCAUUUGACAGAAGAUGCUCUCAAGAAGGAAAAGAUUCAAAUAAAAGAAGAGUAG